AUGGGCCGGGUCAUUCUCUCUGUCAAUGCCGGCAGCUCGUCUGUCAAGGCGAAUGUCUACCAUCUAAAGAAUCCGCCAGUCGAAGUCGCCGCUGCCAGUGUGAGUGGCCUGACAGCACCGCCAAGUAUCUUCAAGUACGAGCAUGGAUCGAAUCAUCAGAAGCACGAGAUCGAAGAGGAGAUCAAGAGUCCCCAGGAUGCAUUCAAGUACAUUCUCAAGAGGCUUAUGCAUGACCAGGAGCUGCAGGUCGUCAGUAGUAACUCCGACUAUGCUUAUGUUUGCCACAGAGUUGUCCACGGGGGAGACCUAGAAGAAGAGGUUAUUAUACACGAAAAGACCUUCAAUUAUCUUGAGACACUGCAAGAUCUGGCUCCGUUACACAAUACAUCAGCAUUGGAAAUUAUCAAGACGUGUCUUCAGGAGGUCCCGUCCGCAAAGUCGGUGGCAUAUUUUGAUACUAUGUUUCACCAAUGCCUGCCAGAUUACAUCAAGACAUACCCUAUCGACCCGGAAGUAGCCAAGUCGAAGAUGUUAAGGAAAUACGGGUUCCAUGGAAUUAGCUUCUCCUUCAUCUUGCGGUCUGUAUCGGAAUUUCUGAGCAAACCAGCCUCGGAAACAAGUCUAAUUGCACUGCACCUUGGAAGCGGUGCUUCCGUAUGUGCAAUCCAGGGUGGUAAAUCCAUAGAGACCACGAUGGGUCUUACUCCUCUCUCUGGCCUUCCCGGUGCUACAAGGAGCGGAGACAUUGAUGCAAGCCUUGUAUUUCAUUAUACAUCCGAGGCUAGCAAGCUGAGCUCCUCAAGUACUAAAGAGAUGCAUAUCAGCAAGGCAAAGAUCCUCAACAAGCAGUCGGGCUGGAAGGCAUUGACCGGAACCACCGACUUCUCGAAGAUUGGAACUGACAAUCCGCCAACUAAGAUGCACAAGUUGGCCUUUGACAUCUUUGUUGAUCGUAUUGUCGGUUUUAUCGGCAACUACUUCGUCAAACUGAAUGGGAGUGUAGAUGCCAUUGUGUUUGCGGGGGGUAUUGGCGAGCGAAGUGCGCUUCUGCGAAGUAGUAUAGCAGAGAAAUGCCGAUGCCUUGGAAUUGCAAUAGACAGCAAAGCCAAUUCCUCUGGUAUUCUCAGUGAGGAUCAGACUGUUGUAGACAUCUCUGAGAAAUCUGGCCAGCGGCCUGCAGUUCUAGUUUGCCAGACGGAUGAAGCUUAUGAGAUGGCAUAUCAAUGUAUGAACAAGCCUCCAAGAGAGGAGCCAACGCAUUUCUAG